AUGGAGUUAAGCAUUUCAACUGCCACAGCUGCUAUCAAAACCUUCGAAAAUGAGACUGAAACUCCAAUUGGGCCUCAGACAAACAAGCCUUUAUCCUUCACCAAUGGCGUACUGAAGCGUCACCCGCCUCUCCAUCACCUUCAACACCCCGUGAUGGUGACAUACAAAGAAUGUCUCAAGAAUCACGCCGCCACCAUGGGUGGUCACGCCGUUGACGGUUGUGGAGAGUUCAUGCCCUCCGCCGCAGCUAAUUCUUCUGAUCCCACUUCUCUCAAAUGUGCUGCUUGUGGCUGCCACCGCAACUUCCACCUCCGUAAGACUGAAGAGUCACUGACACUCCCGGCGCCUAAUACAGUCGCAGCUCUGGAGUACCAUCCCCGUCACCGCCACCAUCCUCUGCCACCGCCAAACAGCAGCAGUCCAAAUUCAUUGUCCCCUCCGCCAAUAUCCUCCUCGUACUACCCCUCAGCACCGCACAUGCUGCUGUCUCUUGGUUCCGGCUUGUUGGGUCCGCCGUCAGAUACUAACAUGCCGAUUUCCGCCAUUGUUAACCCUGAAUCAUCCCCCUGGUCAAACCGCAGAAAGCGUUCCAGAACAAAAUUCACUCAAGAUCAGAAGGAAAAAAUGCUGGAAUUUGCGGAGAAUGUCGGGUGGAAGACGCAGAAAACAGACGAAGAUACAAUCAAAGAAUUCUGCCGUGAAAUUGGUGUGGACAAAGGGAUCUUGAAAGUGUGGAUGCAUAACAACAAAAAUAUUUUUGCAACGAGGGAUCAUAGGACUACAGACAGUAAAAAUAGUACAUUUGAUACCACAACCGCCGCCUCUACGCACUACAACAACCACUUUCACAUUGAUAAUAACGGCGGUGCUACUGAUGGGUUGUCAUCUUCUUCCUGA